AUGUCUUCUACUGCCUGUAUAAGUAUAGUAUUCUUUGGUAGAGCAUCUUUUAAUCUGAUGCAAUCAAAAGAAACAUCAUUAUUUGUCUUUGUACUUUUAAUAAGAACAACAUCAGCGGCGCUUGGUAAUGUUCUACCAGCAAAAGCAGCAAGAGUACUUGAGGAAAAUUUUGGUUUACGCCUUUGUCUCGGUCUUUUAAUGAUGUCUGUUGGUGUUACUGUUCAUAUUUUUGCAGAAUGUAGGUUAACAUAGGAAGACAUAUCUGGCCAUAUAGGUAAUGUACUUCCACAAAUACUCUGGUAACAGUACAUAUGAGUCAUCUUUUUUUGAGUAUACCUUUAUCUGGCUGCAACAUUGUGCAAAAUAUAUGAUUUCAGUCUUGUCUCGAAACACUCGGCGAUAUUAUUUUGCGUAGAUCAUGGCCAUUUCUACACAAGCAGUAGUUAUGCAAUGACUAUACCCUUUUAUUUCUGGAAGCAUCUCAUAGGUUAUAUGAUAUCGUGUUGAAAAGUUGCUCCAGUUUU